UCGUGUUAUCAACUGGAUUAGUGAAAAGAUUUAAAGGUUUUUAAAGAAUUUAUUUCGAAAACGACGACGUAAUCAAUGGCUACGACUCGGUUUCUUCUUGUGCUCGGUGCGAUGACAAGCGUCUGUGUAGCGUUUGUGAUCGAUGCGGAAAUCGAAUCAACAACUUAUGCCAUUAGCACGAACGAAGAACACCUAUCUAAAGACACUUCGAGGGAGCAGCCACAGGCCACCGGCACUGGACGUAUGUGCUCUUUAGAAUCUGAACGCUCUUAUCCCGUGAUAUUGUCCGAGUUGCUCCACGAAAGGUGUCCUCUCGGUGACCGGGUUGUCCAGCUGCACAUUUCGACCCUAGCUCAUACGGUGCACCAGGAUGCGUUCCGGUCUUUCGAACGGUUAACCACACUUUGGCUCGACAAUAAUCUGCUGACCGAAGUGCCAACCGAUGCGUUUUCCGGUCACCUGCCACGCCUGAAGUCACUGUCGAUGCGUAACAACCGGUUGCAAACGAUACGAAGCGAGCAGUUCCGGGAGGUGGCCCAUCUGGAGUCGCUAUCAGUGAGCGAGAAUGAGAUUACGUUCGUGGAGCCGGCCUCGUUUGGCUCACUGGAAGGCCUAACGUUCCUUAAUCUGAGCUGGAAUCAAAUCACUGCCCUCGAUGGAACGGUGCUUCAACCGUUACGCCGUCUGCAAGUCCUCGAUCUUAGUUACAACAGUCUUGCUAAGCUAAACCCGGGGCUUUUGGUGAUGCUUGGUGAACUAAAAGAGCUACGACUGCGAGGGAACCUACUAGAUGCGUUGCAUCGAAACGCGUUUGUCGCUCUGAAGGAGCUAAAGUAUCUCGAUUUGUCGUACAACUUCUUCCGGACACUCCCAACGGGGCUUCUGGGCUCCAACAGGAGGCUGCAAGAGCUACACCUCGAGGGGAAUCUGCUCAAAAGAAUCGAACCAGCGAAUAGUUUGAAUGAGUUGGCUUACUUGAAGCAUCUAGACUUGAGUAACAAUAGGAUCGAGUAUUCAUCCAAUGAAACGUUGCUUUCUCCGCUUCAGACGCAGCUCCUAUACCUGAAUUUACAGGGAAACAGAUUACAGCAACUGCCUCCGAUAGCACUACAAACGACGGAACUUUUGCUGCAAAACAAUCACCUGCGAGCUAUUCGAAGAAUCAAAGGACAGUCAAAUAAACAACAGCCCGUGCAGAGUUUGAUGCUAUAUGGAAAUGCGAUCGAAACGAUCGACCAAGAUGCCUUUCAAGACCUGCCACUACUCGAUACACUCUACCUGGACAACAAUCGCAUUACGGAGCUAUCACCGUUACUGUUCAAGUCGAACGAUCAUCUGCAACACGUCACCUGUAGCUACAAUCGUUUGACUAUCGUCAAAACGAAUACUUUCGCGGGUCUAUCAAGACUACAUUCGGUUGAUUUGUCACACAACGCGCUAACUACCAUCGAAGGUUCCGCCUUUUACGGUUCACCGAUUCGCUACCUUAAUCUGAACGGCAAUCAUCUCACGCGGCUAGAUGGACGAGGUCUGGCGGGCACCAAACUCCACUUUCUGCAUGCCGAUACGAACGACAUCAGCUCACUUCAGGAUCUUGGACCGAGUGUAUUUGACGAGCUGCAGGAACUUUCAUUGAGCGGUAAUCGAAUUGAUUCGUUCAGUGAGAUCUGUAGCGAGCAUCGAUAUCCCAUGCUUACGACCCUCGAACUGUCCAACAAUGCGCUACUGUCGGUGGAUCAGAACUGUCUUGCAAGUCCCUUGACCAGAACCGGUCAGACAAUGCCGAUAAGCAUCGGACUUACGCAUAACAAUUUGACCGAAAUUCCUGCAUUCAGUGGUCCAGUGCUUGCUCUCGAUCUCACGGGGAACAGCAAACUCGAGCUACAGAGUGUCCACUUUCAAGCGUAUCAAAGCACGGAGAGGCUUCUCCUUCGAGACACUUCGAUUCGUAUCCUCUUUGCCAAUCAUUUCACCUUCCUGCCUGACUUAAAACACUUGGAAGUUGGCUCGGAGGUGCUCGAAAGGAUUGAGGAAGACGCACUUUAUCUACUGCGACUAGAACACCUCACGAUCAGUGGUUCACUGAUGACUGCGAUGUCUUCGGAGCUGCUGAAAGGUCAACAUCAGCUACAAACGGUUUCGUACGCGCACAAUAGACUCACCAACCUUCCAUCCGACACAUUCCGGGACAGUCAGCAGCUGGUAGAGAUCGAUCUUUCGUUUAACCACCUAACAGCCGUUGAUCCUUUGUGGUUCAAGGAGUUAAUCAACCUGAAGCUGAUCAACCUAGAGAGCAACAGACUCUCCACAAUACCAGGACACCCGGCACUAAAUGGAAUAUCGCUGGAGGUAUUAAACGUUGCCAACAACUCGCUCACUAGCAUCGACGUUGAAAGUUUGCUGCUGCAGAUACCGAUCCAAUCACUCAACAUAUCGCACAACAACCUAACCGACCUGGAGCUACUGGACCGUUACACCGUCAUUGCCCUGCUAGACGUUUCCGGCAACCAGUUGACGGAUUUGGAACUUCAACCACACUACCGCACGCUGAUUGCCAAUUCCAACCGCAUCCAAUCACUUCGCUGGGCGUCGACCGGCCAAAAGUUCCACCUGCACUACCUGGCGUUAGCGGAAAAUCGGUUGGAAGAGGUAGACCAACGAAUGUUUACACUGCGGUUCCUGCAAGCGCUUGAUCUUUCGGAGAACAGACUGAACAGCUUUCCAUUCGAGCAGCUCCAUCAGUUGAAGCUCCUUCAGGUGCUGGAUGUUUCGCGGAACAACAUACGAAGGUUGGCCACACAACCACGCGUACCAUACUUUAGAGUUUAUUCGCUUGAUUUGUCCGAAAAUCCGCUCGACUCACUGCCGGAUCACUUACUCAAUGCAAUCGCCGUGCACAGUCUCACCGUAGAUCACCGAUUAGUGUGAUGUGGUGAUGGGCUAAUUUCCAGUAAACCUCCUGUUUGUAGAUUCAAAAUAAAACACAGAAUUUAUGGGUCGAAAUGAGACGAAAAUCCAAUCGCUUGCGCUACAUCGUAGGACCCUACUAGAGCCAUUAAAAGUGUUGAAAUAUUUGCACAAACUAUCAUUUAACUGUGCUUAUGCAAAGCUGAUGACCACCUUAUCUACACCGCACCGCGUCGAAGGGCCUCGAAGCAGAGACAGUGACAGUUCUGUAGAGAUGUCCUGACCAGCGCGAUUCCCUUACGGCACUUUGUGGGUCCCCGCCCAUCGUCCCUGGAGGUUCCCAGGCAAAACUUUAUCUCGCCACUAGGCUAGACCAUCGCCAGCGCUGACGAUCGAUGAAGCUUACGUAACGAGAAGCGCCCGCCUGAAGCAAUCAGAUCCUGCAGCUGCUGUCCAAAGGCCAUGGAUGGAUAGGCUAAACGGGGCUGUGGACCCCUUGUGACAGCCCGUAGACAGCUCGCCGAGGCUGUACGAUUGAUCCGAGAUCGAUCAGAAGCAGUUGCGGGAUUUUACCGAGCCAAACGCAGACGGAAGGAACUACGGAUGGAGUGAUUCCGCAUCACCAGCCGCAGCACCAGCAGCACCGGCACCAGAGAGAACCAGUGAACCAGCGUGGAGUGUAAACACACAAUAAACCCAAUCUAAACAACGAUGACGCAAUGGCCAGAGACCAAACCAGAGACCAUCAGCUACAAUCAGCUCCCUUUUUCAUUGCGUUCUACGUUCGUUCGUUUCAGCUGUGAAUCGGAGGAUCUUCGGUGUCUUUCAGGGGAAACCUCUACCCAUACCGCCUCCUUGACCCCACAUCUUACGGUUAGUAGCCGUCGAUGGUCGUCAGACUCCGGCUCCAGAACCGGGCACAAAAGGGUGGCGUAGCAGGUAUUAAUAAAUUUUCAUUAAAAAUAAACAAAAGCCGACGGUGAAUGGUGGAGGGAAUUUAUCGUUCCUGCACCGCCAUAAAAUCGGUUGAAUUAUGCGUUCGCUUCAGUUCGGUUCAGUUUAGUUCAGUUCGGUUGGCAGUCCGGGCCAGUUGCCGGCAUUUCAACAUCGCUAGAGCACUAACAGUACUAGGUACUAGGCAGCAUGCAUUCGACCUUGACCAGACGUACUUCACGGUCUCUGGUCUGUCGGGUACUGGACACGAAUUGAAUUCAAAUCAGCCACCGAAUGAUGGCAGCGAAAGGCAGAUAGUCAUAUCAUGGCCAUCGCAUCGCCAACGGAUCUUCAUCCAUUUGCAUUUGGCUGUUCAUGCCCGUUUGCAGCAACAGGAUUAUGCCUUAUCUCGCAAUAGAUUCCCAUUCCCAUGACUCGAGCUCAGGAACACCGUCGAAAAAUGCUGAACCAGGCCGCUUUUUGUUGGUUCCAUCGACCUAAUAAUGCUAAUGAUAAUCGGGGAAAGGUAAUUUCGGGACCCAAAAGGGGUGGCCCCCAACAGCCCCGACAUCUCGAUAGCGAUGUUCCGUUCGAAGCUACGAGUGUAAUCAACCGCGAAGGAUUAGGCUAUUCAUUAGCCAACCGAUGGAAUGUUGACUGGCUUGGCAAAUGAGGCGAACUCUUUAC